AUGCACCAUAUCUUGGACGACUUGAAUGUUGCCCAGAGAGCGGCCGUCACGUCCGAAUCAGACAUUCUCCAAGUACUUGCGCCACCUGGGUCUGGAAAGACAAAGACUCUUACUUCCAAGGUCGCAUACCUUCUGGAACAUCAUGGCUAUAGACCAUGGAAUAUUAUCUGUCUCACCUUCACAAUUAAAAGCUCUCGAGAGAUGCGGGAGCGCAUCGCAAAGCUUCUAGGUAAUGGAGUUGAAUCAAAACUUAUACUAGGAACAUUUCAUUCAAUCUGCAGACGGUACUUGGUAUCGUAUGGCCAUUUGAUCGGCAUACGCAAAGGAUUUGGCAUCGCAGACUCGUCGGAUUCGAUCAGUAUUAUCAAGAGAAUUGUGAAGCGCUGCAGAUUGAAUGUCGACCCACAGAAGGCACGGGCGAGGAUUUCGCACACAAAAUCAAAAGGCUUGCACUGGGGGGAUCUGGCACAAGAUCUUGGGAAGAAGCAGAACACAGAGCAAUAUGAUUUCAUCACUGUCUUCGAGGAAUAUGAAAGGCAAUUGUCUGCCUCGAACCUGCUUGACUAUGAUGAUUUAUUGCUACGAUGCGUGGAUCUGCUCCAAAAGCAUCCGUCUUGCGUCUCAAACGUAGAGGCAGUCCUCAUAGAUGAGUUCCAAGACACUAACGUCACGCAAUUUGAAUUGAUGACCCUUUUUGCUCACCAACACAAGCGAAUCACCACCGUAGGCGAUAUGGACCAGAGCAUCUACGGAUGGCGAAGCGCGGAGGUAAAGAAUCUGAAACGCAUGCAGAAGGAGUAUCCAGAUACAUUAAUCAUACACUUGCAGGAGAAUUACAGAUCAGCUGCAGCUAUCUUGUUGGCGGCAGGUGAAGUCAUUGAACAGGAUGAGUCGCGCCCACAGGUGUGUAUGCUGCCGACGCACUGUCCGGGUACAGCCCCUGUCCUUCGUCGCCUUCCUUCAGCUGGGGUUGAAGCUGCUUGGCUCGUCAAUGAAUUGCAAAGAACUAGAGCACUGGCCGGAAACAUGUUUACCUACUCCGAUUAUGCUAUAUUGCUGCGCUCAGCAUCGUUAUCCCGAAUGAUCGAAACAGCUUUGGGCAAGGCUGGAAUUCCCUAUCGUAUGGUCGGUGGUCAUAGGUUCUAUGAUCGUGUCGAGAUCAAGCUUCUACUCGACUACUUAAGAGUCGUUAGUCAGCCUACUAACAACGACGCCAUUGUGCGCUGCAUUAAUGUGCCUGCGCGCAGGAUUGGUGAUGCGACGGUCAAGGGUUUGCUUGAGGAAGCAGAGCUGAAUCGGUCGUCGUUAUGGGAAUUGCUCCUCAAUAUUGUCAACGGGUCGAAGCCUCAGACAAAGAUCACGCACGCAGCAGAAAGCGGCAUUGGCAACUUUGUAGGACUAAUUAGAAGCCGUAAAAACCAGAUGACCGAUUCGAGCAAAACUUGUUCACCUGAGCAAUUACUGCGGCAGAUCAUCAAGAGAUUGGACUUGCAGGCGUGGUUGAAGAAGACUUACGCCGAGGAUCAUGAAGCUCGGUGGACAAAUGUGGAGGAGCUUGUCGCUCAAGCAGCCGAUUAUCAGCUUAUUCGGCGCUCAGGAAACGAGAAGGACUCCGAGCUAUUAGAUGAAGAUAUGCUACCGCAGAUUAACGGCUUAGAGCAACAAUCAAACAACACAUCUGAAGAGACGCUUUCCAAAUUUCUAGCAAAUGUAGCCCUGGCCACAGAAUUGCAACGAGAAGAAGGAGCAGAGGAUGGAACGUCACCUCAGCAUCAAGUCACAAUUUCAACCAUUCACGCUGCGAAGGGCCUGGAAUGGCCUAUCGUAUUCGUACCCUCAGCAUACGACGGUUGCAUUCCACACUCGAGGGCUGAAGACAACGACGAAGAAAGGAGGUUGCUGUACGUCGCAAUGACCCGAGCGCAAGCGUUGCUCUACCUCAGCUGCCCAACCAAGAAUUCUCAACGCGAGGCGGCGACAUUGUCGCCAUUUCUGUCUGGGAGUAAAGUUCAGCACCUGCUGAGUUCCCAAGGUCCAGCAUUAGGCAGCGUGGAGGUCAGUGAUGUCGCACGGAUUCUUGGAAGGGACUGCCCGUCUCAGACUGCUGUUGCAGAAUCGUGUAAAGAUUUAGUCGACUAUGAAGACAACAAAUGGCCGCUUGAUGGUAGUAAAAGUAUUGAGAUGAUUCAAUCUCGAUGGAGCAAAUUUGACAACGAGGGCGCCGAGGGAGCGAUGAAACGGCAGCCUAAACGAAGGAAGGUCGAUCACGAUGCUGUACCUAUAUCAUCUGAUACACCUCAGACUGCGAGCGUCGGCUCUGCAACAACGAUGCAGUUGUCCUCUAACUUUUCGUACAAUAGCGUUGGCUUCACAACAGCUAGUGCGCAAAUGCAAAGCAUGAACGAGAUUACCGCGUUUGAGAAGACCAAAGAAGCUGUAAACAUCGAGCAACCUAAGAAAUUGAAGACCGAAAAGGUGGUCACCGACCAAGGAAGCCUCCUUAGUCUUUGGGGUAUCAAGCGACCGCACGAAGAAACGUCGCGACCUGCCAAUCUGCAACACGAGACCUCGUUGCAAAGGUUGUCUGAAAGCAAUGCACUUCCACAGCUACCAAAGCCUCUCUCCUCUUACCAUAUACCCUCUCAAGCCACUAGCACUCGACCGCUGAGGGUGAUCGACGAAAAUACGAACUCCUCUAAUGGCUACGUCUUCCUGUCCAGCUCGCCACCUGUAGAACAUACCUGUAAGCAUGCAAGGUCGAAUGACAUCCAAGACACGGCAUUGGUGUGCAAAGAAAAUGAAGUACCUGAAUCUCAGAUGACGGAAACGCUCAAGGAAACGAAGAUGCCACGGAAGACACUCGGAAUGAGGCGAAGCUUGGCUGGCUGGAACGCGGGAGGCAAGCCUGGGUUUUCGGUGCCGAGGGUACAGCGAUGA